AUGCAAUUGCAAUUCCGCUCUUUGCUCAUGUGUGUGCUGCUGCUUCUCCUUGGCUUUGCAUUGCCAAAUACCAAUGCUGCCAGGACAGAUCCACCCGUUGUUUGUGCAACUCUCAACAGGACCAAUUUCGAUAUUCUUGUUCCAGGGUUCACAUUUGGCACAGCUACAUCAGCUUACCAAUUAGAAGGUGCUGCAAACAUAGAUGGUAGAGGACCAAGCGUAUGGGAUGCCUUCACCCACAACCAUCCAGAAAAAAUCACCGAUGGCAGUAAUGGAGAUGUUGCAAUUGAUCAAUAUCACCGAUACAAGGAAGAUGUUGCAAUUAUGAAGGAUAUGGGGUUGGAUGCUUAUAGGUUCUCUAUCUCAUGGUCUAGAUUGUUACCUAAUGGAACACUAAGUGGUGGAAUUAACAAGAAAGGAAUUGAAUACUACAAUAAUCUCACCAAUGAACUCAUACGGAAUGGUAUAGAACCACUAGUGACACUCCUCCACUGGGAUGUUCCCCAAGCCUUGGAUGAAGAAUAUGGUGGUGUGUUAAGCCCUCGUAUUGUUGAUGAUUUUAAAGCAUACGCAGAACUUUGUUAUAAGGAAUUUGGUGAUCGAGUAAAGUAUUGGACCACACUUAAUGAGCCAUAUACCAUUAGUAACCAUGCACUACUACAAAAAAGUGGUAUUAAACGACGUAGUGAUGGUUAUACAAUCGGGAUCCACGCACCAGGACGAUGCUCUUCUUGGUAUGACCCAACCUGCCUUGGUGGAAAUUCGAGUACUGAACCAUAUUUGGUGACACACAACCUACUCCUUGCUCAUGCAGCUGCUGUAAAAUUGUACAGAGAAAAAUAUCAGGCAUCUCAAGAAGGAGUGAUAGGAAUAACAGUUGUAUCACAUUGGUACGAGCCCGCUUCGGAGUCACAAAAAGAUAUAAAUGCUUCAGUUCGAGCUUUGGAUUUUAUGUAUGGAUGGUUUAUGGACCCAUUGACAAGAGGUGACUAUCCGCAGAGCAUGCGAUAUCUUGUUAAAGAAAGAUUACCAAAUUUCACCGAAGAACAAUCCAAGUCACUUAUUGGCUCAUAUGAUUAUAUUGGAGUCAACUACUAUUCUGCUAGAUAUGCAAGCGCUUACCCUGAGAAUUAUUCUAUUACUACGACUCCAAGCUACCUCACAGAUGCUUAUGUUAAUAUUACAACUGAGCUUAAUGGGGUCCCCAUUGGUCCACAGGCUGCUUCAAACUGGUUAUAUGUUUACCCAAAAGGACUUUACGAUCUUGUACUCUACACAAAAAAGAAGUACAAUAAUCCAAUUAUAUACAUUACUGAGAAUGGCAUGGACGAGUUCAAUAAUCCCAAAGUAUCCCUUGAGCGAGCCCUUGAUGAUAGCAAUAGAAUUGACUACUACUAUCGCCACCUAUGUUACCUCCAAGAAGCAAUUAUAGAGGGUGCUAAUGUGCAAGGAUACUUUGCAUGGUCAUUGCUAGACAACUUUGAAUGGAACGAAGGAUACACUGUUCGGUUUGGUAUCAACUAUGUUGAUUACGACAAUGGACUGAAAAGACACCCAAAACUCUCGACGCACUGGUUCAAAAGUUUUCUCAAGAGAUCCUCAAUUAGUAAGGAAAAAAUUCGAAGACGUGGGAACAAUGAUGCUAGCGCUCACAAAUUUGUGUAUCAAAUUUGA